CCACCUUGUCCGCCCUGCAGCAUUCUCCUCCUCUCCUCCCUCCUCCACGACUUCCAUCCUCUCUCAACGUUGAGCGGCCAUCUUACCCCUAUGUAAGAUGGCGCGGGGCCGUCUGCAAGUGACGUCACCAAAGCUGCAUUCGGAGAGGGAGAGAGACGGCGGCGUCAUGGAGGAGAGGGAUGAAAGUGUUCAGGAGACGCUGGUGAAUGGCCUGGGCUCAGGGCAGGCCUUGCUGGGCCUCGACUGGCAUCUUGGGGGAUUGCUCCUCUAUAACACAAAGUACACGCGUAACGGAGGCAGUGUGACGGGAGGGGGAGACAGCGACGCGAUGCUCGUGGAGUGUGAGCGUGACGCCAGUAUGAGCUGCCCCGUGAUGCGCACCCUCUACAGCGAACUGUACAGCAUCUUUUCCUCCCUACAACAGCAGCAGGGUGCCGGCCCUGUCGACAAGAAACAGUUGGUGGAAUUUAGCCGCAGCUACCGUUCAGUGAUGAGAGCAACCAUGGAAGGCUUACAGAAGAUGGGAAUGUCAACUGAGGACGAUAUUAAGUUGGACUAUUGCAAAGAACAGGUGCAAGCACUGCUGGACUUGGAGCUGAUCUGGAAUCUGUGCGAGGUUCUUUUUGUCGAAGCAGCUCAAGCUGGCCUCCUGGUGCCCCUGCUGCUGGACUGGGUGCAUCUACACGGAAGUCACGUGGAGACGCAGGCGCAGCUCGUGCUGAGCAGCAGCAACCCAGGACAGCACCCUCAGUAUUGGGACACGGUGCUGGGCUUUGUGCUUCAGGGCCGCAUAGGAGAGGCGCGACAACUGCUAUCCCACACAGCCUCCUCCGUGCCCCCCGGCUCUCGGAGUCUGGUUAAGCACAUGGACACGUUGCUCAAACGGAUGCCCUUCUAUACGGCCUCGCAGUCCCUGGCCGAGUUCGACUUGAGGUGGAGACACUGGCAGGAGGAAUGCCAGAGUGUGCUGCGGGAGGGAGCCUUUGCCUCUCACCAGCACCUGGAGCUCCUGUGUAAGAUCCUGGCCGGGGAGGAGGAGGCGCUGAUGGAGAGCAGGGGCCUCAUGCGGUGGUACGGCUACAUGGUGGCUCGCCUGCUCUACAGCCACCCCACGGCCAAGCCCUCCGAGCUGCAGCACUACGUACAGGCGGCCUGCUGUGUGUAUGGGAACGACGCGGCCUCCUCCCCGCUCGACCAGCUCCUGCAGGUCGUGUUCGACAUGAACCUACACCAGCUGCUCAAGGACUGCAGCUUGGCGCUUAACAACUGGUGGUUCGUGGCGCAUCUCAGUGACCUGCUGCAUCACUGUCAGCAACUCCAGUCGGGCACCAGUCUGCGUGAGUUCCUCCUCCUGGAAUUCGCCACGAACCUCAUGGCGCAUCACAGCCUGUGGAGCCUGGCGCCGGUGUACCUGGACGCGUGCGGUGAGGAGGGCCGCGCUGUCAUGAAGCUGUGGCUCGUGCGGCUGCCCCUGCAGAGCGAGCGCAAGGCUCAGAAGGUGCUCAGGAUCUGCCAGGAGAGGAACUUGCAGGAGCAGGCUCGCGGGAUCUGCAAGGAGAUGGCGGUGAGGGCAGUGCGCUCGGGGAGACUCGGACUCGCACUCAACUGGAGCCUCCGUGCGAAAGAUCCCGCACUCACCACGGCACUGGCCGACCGGUUCCUGGACAGUUACGCCGCCCGUGGAGCUUUCUGCGACUUGGAGCUCAUAGACAGCCUGGGUUCCUCUAUACUUCUGAGCGACCGUCUUACCUUCCUGGGUAAGUACCGUGAGUUCCACCGGCUCUAUGGAGACCGGAGGCUCCCCGAGGCUGCGCGCUUGCUGCUCACGCUGAUGACCGCUCGAGUGGCCCCCACCGGCUUCUGGCUCACACUGCUGGGCGACGCUGUGCCCCUGCUCACUCACCAGCAGGUGAUUUUUGAUGCUGAGCAGAGCUCGCAGCUGCUAGACUGUUUGGAGGAGGCCGUGGAGAGGAGCUCUGUGGGAAAAUGGGCAGGAACAGAUCAGGAGCAGGAGGAGUACGAGGAGAAGAAGGAUCUCAUCCGCAUGGCGAUCGUGCAGAACCUGGCACGUGCCAUUGUUGGCUAGGGUUCGCUGCCUGUGCCCUGAGCCAUGGAUUCCCGAUCCACUCACGUGGGAGGCUCCACUCUCCCUACCACGGACAGCGCAUGCAGUUCGAGAAACUUCGCGGUGGGGCGGAAUCUCUUUUCAGGGCGUGGAAAGGCGUCAUUCGACAGAUUUUCGAACCAUCGUGCCACGUGUUGGAGAGUGUUGGGUAAAUGAAUGUGCGUCUUAUGGCAGGAUCAAUAGUUGAAGCCAAAUUGAUGUUAAAUCAUUUCUUUACAUAACACCGAGGCGGUUAUCACUUGAGUUUAACAAUGAUAUUUUUUAUAAAUGUCGCCUUUACAUUUUGAUAUUAAAGUGUGGACCUUGUCAAAUUG